AAAUGUAACAUGCUGCUUCAUUUUAUAGGCCUUCAGGAAGCUAAUCAAGCAAAAUGUUGACUGAAACGGUAAACAGAAAAAGUAAGAAAAUGAAUGAACAUCUGAUAAAGGAAGAUUGCCUUUUCCAGGCAACUUUUAGGUACCCUAUAGCUACAAUACAGGACUUUGGCUAUUCAGGCCUGGAUUCAGACGCUACAUCUUUGAAGCUAAUGGAUGUAAAUAUUGCAGUGAGAAAAAUAGCCAGUAGGCUCAAACCUGACAAAGAGAUUAUUCAGGAUGGAAACCAUAUGAUCAUUAAAACCCUAAGCAGUUUUAAAAACUACAUCAUGGAUUUUGAAAUAGGGACAGAAUUUGAAGAGGAUUUAACAGGGGUGGAUGGUCGCAAAUGUAUGACUUGUGUGACGUGGGAUGGAGAUAAACUUCUAUGUGUGCAGAAAGGAGAAAAAGAGGACCGUGGUUGGAACCAAUGGAUUGAAGGAAAUGAAAUGCACUUAGAAAUGAGAGCUUGUGGUGUCAAGUGUAAGCAAGUAUUUAAGAAGGUACAGUGAUAAGCCUAACCACAGGGAUCAAGAAGCUUGGACAAAAUGAAUGAGCCUGCUGCCAACUCUACAGAUGCUGUGGUGCACAAAUA